AUGGUAUGCCUGUUCCAUGAACACCUUAUUACCCACGCCUAUGCCUGCAAAACAAUUCCCAAUCCCUUGUUGUCCACGAACGCGGAGCUCAGUGCUGACAUAUUAUAUCAGGAUAAAGAUGGCGAUGGACAAAUUACCACAAAAGAGCUGGGCACUGUCAUGCGAUCACUGGGUCAAAAUCCUUCUGAAUCCGAACUACAGGACAUGAUCAACGAGGUUGACGCAGACAACAACGGCACGAUUGAUUUCCCAGAGUUUCUUACCAUGAUGGCUCGCAAAAUGAAAGAUACCGACUCGGAGGAGGAAAUCCGAGAGGCUUUCAAGGUCUUUGAUCGCGACAACAACGGUUUCAUCUCAGCUGCUGAGCUGCGUCAUGUAAUGACUUCAAUUGGUGAGAAACUCACGGAUGAUGAAGUGGAUGAGAUGAUCAGGGAAGCUGAUCAAGAUGGGGACGGCCGUAUUGACUACAACGAGUUCGUACAGUUGAUGAUGCAGAAAUGA